AUGGAUAAGGUGGUAGUGCAAAAUGAAAUAGUAGCCGCAUCUGGUUUCAAAGAUAGAUUGGUUAGUCGCCUUCUGUUCAUUCUUACCCCUGACUACCGGACCCCAUUGGUUAAGUUGGUUGGGGCAGGAAUAGCUAUCGGACUACGAUCACAGGCCGGGCCGACCCUCCUUUACUCUAGCCCAGUUGGAGAGGGAAAAGUCCCAUCCGUUCCAGAAGUCGCAGAGAAAUGGAAGGCUUAA